GAUAUCGAGUUGAUAUAAAACGAUAAAAUCGAUAAAUCAUUUUCCAAAAAACAUUUCAAACCUGUCAAGAUGAGUACGACGAGUACAUCCUUUAGAAAAACAACGAAUGCUGUUAAAAAAAGUGUCAGUUUUUUAAAGAAUAACUUGGAAAUGGCCGAAUUAAGAGCUAACAGAAAAAAUAAUUUAGAACCUUUAAGGCCUCAAUCAACGAAAGCUUUAGAAGAUUUAGUUCAAUGUCCAAUAUGUUUAGAAACGUAUCAAUCGCCUAAAAUGUUACCGUGCCAACAUACAUUUUGCUUAUCAUGUUUACAACAUCACGUUGUGGGAGUUGAAAGUCAAUCGAAAGAGGUUGUUCUAAAAUGCCCCUCUUGUAAAUUUGAAUUAACUGUAGACGGUUAUGAUGGAAUCGAAAAAUUACCAGAAAAUUUUUAUAUAAAUUCCUUAUUAAAAGUUCUUGAAAGUUCCGUUGAACCGCAAUCUCCUUAUGCUGGAAAACCCGAUAUACGAUGCGUUAAAUGCGAAACGAUUUCGGAUUUUGAUGGAACGAAAUGUCAGCAUUGUAAACAAAUUUUUUGCAAAGUUUGUUGGAGUAAACAUAUGAAUGAACUGGAGGAAAAUUUAAAAGAUAUGUUGAAACAAUUAGAAGACGGCGAAAUUCGUAUGAAUUAUAAAAUGGAGGAAAUGACACGUAGAAAUGAUCAAUUAGUUGUGACCGUUAAAGAACACGCAGAAAAUAAAGUUUUAGAAAUAAAGAAAAAAGAAGUUAAGGCGUUGGAACAAAUCGAAAAGCUUCGUGUCGAAGAAACCGAAGCUUCUUCAAUUACUUUUACGAAACUACAAGACCUACAAGCAAAAUUAAAAAGUAUCAAUUUUAAAGUUUUAGAUGAAAAUCAACAAGUUUCACUUUUCAUGUCUUUACAUCGCAACAUUUCUACAGCUUUGGAAGAAGUUUCUCAAUGGGGUGAAUGCAGAACUGUUUUUGAUCCGGAAACGUUUCGCCUUGAAGAAGACAACGAAGGACUUAACCCGGAAGUUGAUGACUCAAUACUUAACUUAAAAAUCAAUCCAGAUCCGUUUGAAAGUAUUGAAUCUUUAACGAAACAUUACAAAGCAAGAUCAUUUCAUCCUAAAGUGUACACAAAUAAAUUUCCGAGACUUACAGGAGUUUCAAUUUCUCCAUGGUCUCAUCAUUAUUACAUUGCGGCACCUGAUAGUAAAUCAAUUGUUAUAAUGAACAGACAAAAAAAUAAAUUAAUCGGAAGAUUAACAUCACCGGAUAUAUUAUGUCCUAGAGCGAUCACAUUCAGUAAACAAAAGAAAGAAAUUUAUGUUAGCGAUAAAUGGAAACAUUGCGUACAUAUUUUUUCUAGUAAUGGCGAAUAUGUGCGUAAUAUUUGUACGAAAGGUACUGGAAGUGGUAGAUUAACAUCGCCGGAAGGCAUUGCGAUUACAGAAGAUGAUGAAUUGCUUGUUUGCGAUACAGGAAACGAUAGGGUUGUUAUGAUGGAUGAUAAGGGAAAGGAAAUCAGAUCGAUCGGAUGGAAUGAGAAAAGAACAAUCUUAAAUAUGCCCACUUCAGUCGCAAUUACUCACGAUAAUAAGAUUGUUGUUGCCGAUAAUGGAAAUCAUAGAAUUAAGGUUUUUAAUUUUAACGGAGACUUAUUAUUAGAAUUUGGUUCUUUAGGCAGAGAAAAGCGUCAAUUUCGAUCUGCUGAAGUUGUAGCUGUUGAUUCGCUUGGUUUUAUUUGGGUUGGCGAUGCAGGAAAUGGCCGGAUACAAAUUUUUGAUUCCAAUGGAAACUUAGUACGUAUUUUUGGCGGUCUUGGUGAAGGGCAAGGAAAAUUUAAAUGGAUUUCCGGUUUAGCAAUUACUUCUCAAUUAGAAGUCAUCGUUACCGAUCAUAAAAACAGAAGUUUACAAAUAUUUUAGAAAUUAAUUUCUUAACCUCUUUUUAAUUAAUUAGGUGUAAUUUUAAUAAAAAGGAAAACUUGAAAAACAAAGAGUGUUUUACUCGGUUUGUGUGUGUGUUCGGAUUUAUUUAAUAGAGAAAGCGAGCUCGGCAUAAUUGCGUCAAGCUAAAACAGCAUUCGAAACGGUAUCAUCGUAUAUGUAAGUGUGUAGAAAAUGUUUUAAUAAAAGAAUCGUCGCGCGCGUUAGAACCGGAAUUCGGUGCGUAUUUCUACGUGGUUUGGGUGUGAAUUUUAUUUUGUUUCGAAAGUACUUAUUUGGCACGGUUAAAAAAUUAGCAAUUUAGCAAAACCGGACUUUUAGACAAACAAUGUACUACGU